GUAGCCCUCAUUCCAGCACAGGAUCUCAGCAAUUUUUCCCUCUUUCCCUCAAACACUCCAGCGCACAGAGUCUUUUUCUCUCCCUCAUUUACAACUUCUUUUAAAAAGAGAACAUUUUCUGGAAGAAAGGGUUUUGCUAUAGAAAACAAAAGCCACAGCCACCCGACUUCCAGCAUGGCAUUGUCACCAGCCCCCUUUGCAUGGUGAUGCGAUUAAGGUAGCAGCAUUUUUAUUAUACAGGAAAAGCAGCUGGGGGAUUCAUCAGUUCUGAGGCUUUGUCUUUCCUGGGCUAACUGAUGGUCCUGAGCCUCGGUUUGACCUGACCAUGAUGCCCAGGACUGGCACUUUUUGUCUUUUCUCAGCAAACUACACAGCCCCAAAUCUCUUUUUGAUUUUCAAGGAAACUAGAUUCCUGCCAGAUUUCGAAUCUGGACAAUAAAUAGAUACUUUGUCCUAGCUUCUUUCUGGAAUCAUUUCGGAAUAUUUUCCACAAGCAUCACAGAAACAGGAAUGAACCGGCAGCUAGUGAACAUUUUGACAGCCUUGUUUGCAUUUUUCUUAGAGACAAACCACUUCAGGGAGGCUUUCUGCAAAGACCAUGACUCCAGGUCUGGAAAACAACCUUCACAGACCCUAUCUCCUUCAGAUUUCUUGGACAAAUUAAUGGGAAGGACAUCAGGAUAUGAUGCAAGAAUCAGGCCAAACUUUAAAGGUCCUCCAGUAAACGUUACUUGCAAUAUUUUUAUCAACAGUUUUGGAUCAGUCACAGAAACUACCAUGGACUACCGUGUGAACAUUUUUCUGAGACAACAGUGGAAUGAUUCACGAUUGGCAUACAGUGAGUACCCAGAUGAUUCCCUGGACUUGGACCCAUCUAUGCUAGAUUCCAUUUGGAAACCAGAUUUAUUUUUUGCUAAUGAGAAAGGUGCCAACUUCCAUGAUGUCACCACUGAUAACAAAUUGCUGCGGAUUUCCAAAAAUGGCAAAGUGCUCUACAGUAUCAGACUCACCUUGACCUUAUCCUGUCCCAUGGACUUGAAGAACUUUCCAAUGGAUGUCCAGACCUGUACAAUGCAGCUGGAAAGCUUUGGGUACACAAUGAAUGACCUGAUAUUUGAGUGGUUGAGUGAUGGUCCAGUACAAGUUGCCGAAGGACUGACACUGCCUCAGUUUAUCUUGAAAGAAGAGAAGGAACUGGGCUAUUGCACAAAACACUAUAACACUGGAAAGUUUACCUGCAUUGAGGUCAAAUUUCACCUGGAACGCCAGAUGGGAUAUUAUUUGAUCCAGAUGUACAUCCCUAGCCUGUUGAUUGUCAUUUUGUCCUGGGUUUCCUUUUGGAUAAACAUGGAUGCAGCACCUGCCAGGGUUGCUCUGGGCAUCACCACCGUCUUAACGAUGACCACCCAGAGUUCAGGUUCUAGGGCGUCUCUGCCAAAGGUCUCCUAUGUCAAAGCUAUUGAUAUCUGGAUGGCAGUGUGCCUUCUGUUUGUGUUUGCUGCCUUACUGGAAUAUGCAGCAGUGAACUUUGUCUCAAGGCAACACAAGGAGUUCCUGCGCCUCCGAAGACGACAGAAGAGGCAGAAUAAGGAAGAAGAUGGCACACGUGAAAGUCGUUUUAAUUUCAGUGGUUAUGGAAUGGGUCACUGCCUCCAAGUGAAAGACGGAACAGCUGUCAAGGCUACACCUGCCAACCCGCUUCCACAACCCCCAAAAGAUGCAGAUGCCAUCAAGAAGAAGUUUGUGGACCGGGCAAAAAGGAUUGACACAAUAUCUCGAGCUGCCUUCCCAUUGGCCUUCCUCAUUUUCAACAUCUUUUACUGGAUCACCUACAAGAUCAUACGGCAUGAAGAUGUCCACAAGAAAUAGAUGUGCCCUACAGACCCUGGGAACCUUCUUGCCUAAGUGUUGUGCUUGUAAAUACACAGUAAAUUUGUCUUUAUAUCACUUUGACAGAGGAGAAGAUUGAGGGAGGGGGGAGGGAGCAUCAUGCGGGUGGGGCUCCUGGCACCUACAUGCAAAAAGACAAGUUAAUAUGGGGCAAUGGAGAAAACUGCACAAAAUUAAAGUGUUGCAGAAUCAUACGAGCAUAAUUCCCAUCCAUAGUCUUUAGCAUUGAUUUUUCAGGUGACACAUCGAUCAAAUGCGAUAUGCAGGGUCAAGUCCUUGAGGGCUGAUUACCUUUUGAUUUGGUUUAGAUUUGAAUUAUUGUAAAGAAAAGUUAGCUUAACACACACACACACACACACACACACACACACACACACACAAACUUUGAAAGUACUUACCAUCUGACCAUAGUGAUUAGUCAUUAGUGAACUGAGGACCAAACUUUUUCAGGAAAAUCCUGCCUCGUUUUUAAAACAAGCCUCCAGAGCUACGUUCUUUACAAUGUCUGUAAUUAGUGUUUCACCCGAAAAAUCCUUUUGUGGGUUGUAAAUUAUUUCUACUUAUCCAGAAAACAACAACAGCAAAAAUAAACACCAAUCACAAGGAACAGAUUUCUACUCUAUCUCUAUGUAGGUGUGCACUUUAAUAUUAUGUUUCUUUCCUAGAUGUAAAUUUGAGAUUUAACUUGUGUGUUGUGUAGUUGAUUUGCUAGUAUAUCUUCUUACAGUAAAUGCCUAUUUCAUUUUAGAUCCAAGUUAGCACACCAUGUAUUUUUUUCCAUUUUCACUAUAUUUUUGUGUAACUUUAAGUGCCCAACUGUGACUUAGCCAUUGCAGCCACUCAGCAAUCAGAUUGUGUGUCCUGAAUGGUAUAGCUCAGAUUACCUUAAACUUCGCAUUUCUGCUCUCAUUAUAGAUGUAACUACUCUUCUAGUGUGAACUGACCCAUGAUUUCUACUGUCAACCCAAGUGAAUAUUGUUUUAAAUAUCCUUGACUAACUUAAAGAAUCUUAAAAUUGUACUGUGAUUUUCAUAACCUGUUGCCUUUUUGGUACCAGAGCUAUGUGGUUUGAAUUCUGGCUACAUGUUUUAAGUAAGAAAAAAAAAAAGACGUAUUUUUGCUUACUCAAAAGACAACCUGUAAAACUAUAUGGAAAUAAUUAAAUUUUACAUGUGUUGUCAAAGGGGUUAUUUUAAAAAAGCAUUUGUUCAAUUUCAAUAAAGCUAUGUGUGCCAC